AACGCGCUGUCGAUCCCGACGUGGGCGAUUCACUUCUCGCCACGUCGGUACUUGUUUGCGAUGGGGAUGGUGUGGCAGAUGGCAGCGCUGUCAGGCAACGAGCGCUGGAAGGGACUGACGUGGGGCAUGCUGCCGCUGCACGCGUCCGGCGUCGCCGCGUGCACGUACCACUUCUUCUACAACAGCCCCGACCUCUCCUUCCUCGUCCUCCUGCAAGCCGCGCUCACGCUCGCCGGCAACACCACCUGCGCCGUCGCCGCC